AUGUCCAACAUCUUUUCUUACGCCAUUGUAGUAGUUCGUGAACUACCUUAUUCGAAAAUUGUUGGCGAUAGCAUAAAUCUGAUAAUAACCAAGCCUGGUUAUGACACAAUCACAAAUCUGUGUGAAUAUGUGAAAUGUGUUGUGAAUAUCAUUUCGGGUCAUCCAGUUGUAAUAGAACCUCAUCUUCCGAAAGUGGAUGCACUUGUAGCUGCUUGGCUUCCGAGAACCGAAGUGCAAGGUGUUUCUGAUGUUUUAUUCGGUGACCAUGGUUUUACUCGCAAACUAGCACGGAAUGAAAGGCAACACAGUAUAUCUGGCCAUAGACAGAUUGGAUCACUUUUAUUAGUUGCCCACCAAAAAGAACAUUCUUUUUUUAGAUGGAAGAUGAUGAAAAGCAUAUGUCUUGAAGAAUUUUCUGAUAGUGAUCCUUCAACAGUGACUACUUGCAAGCACGAGUUUCAUCUUCAGUGCAUUCUUGAAUGGUGCCAGAGAAGCUCCCAGUGCCCCAUGUGUUGGCAAACCAUCAGCCUGAAGGAUCCUAGCAGCCAAGAAUUGCUUGAUGCUGUGGAACAUGAGAGGAACCUGAGAAUGAAUCCACCUAGAAACACCACUAUAUUUCAUCAUCCAACCUUGGGAGACAUCGAAUUACAGCAUUUACCAGUUAGUGGAAGUGAUUCUGAACUUGAAGAACGUAUUAUUCAACACUUAGCUGCUGCUGCUGCUAUGGGAAGGGCUCGUCAGCUUGGUAGGAGGGAAGGUCAUAGGAGUAGGUCAUCUACUCAAGGCCGUCCCCAUUUUCUGGUGUUUUCAACUAAUCCAAAUUCUUCUUCUGCUUCUUCUUCCCCUGCUCAUAGAGGUGGAGUCGGAACACCUCCUACAGUCAUGAUAGCUGGCCCAAAUUCUCCAUUUAUUACUGUAGAAGAUGAUUCUCCACAAAUUACUUCACGGCCAUCUUCUGCUCAAGCUGAUUUGGUUACAACCUCAGCCUCAGGAUCAAGCGCUGUUGCAAUACAACUUGGAAUUUCCUCUAGCAAUCAGAGGUCUCCUGCUCAGACUUCCCCUAGCAGUCAAGAUAUAGCUGGACCAUCAGAUUUGCAGUCAUUCUCAGAGUCUCUCAAAUCUCGCCUAGGUGCAUUGUCAACAAGAUACAAAGAGUCGAUAACCAAGAGCACAAGAGGCUGGAAGGAGAGACUGUUUGCUCGCAAUAGUUCAACGCCUGACCCUGCCACUGAAGUUCAUAGAGAUGUUGAUCCAGAGGAUAGCUCAACUCCAGUUCCAGCUGAACAACACACCGUAGAGAUGGAUGUUGCAUCAACUCAUCGGUUUCCUUUUCACAGUGAAUUCCAUUAUUCGGAGAUUUUCUCUGCUGUCAUGAUGCCUCCAGCAUAUGGUAAUCGUAACUAA